AUGACAAAAGUAAAAUUUUGUCAAUAUUCCCUUUUGCAAUUGCUUAUGUUGGUAAUCAUCUUUGUAAUCAUUUUAUCUACAAGUGUUGUUUAUUCUCAAGAUGAUUUAGAUGAAGAUAAUAGUCAAGCUAAAAAUCCAGCAGCACUUCAAGUUGUUGCGCAGAUGUUAUAUAAUCAACUAGCCAAUAUCACUCAUGUCUUUGAACCAGAUAUCAAAAGACAUUUGGGCUUCUGUAUAAAGGACGUGCAAGCUGAUUGGAAAUCAGCUUUUAAUUUUUCAAAUGACCUUGGAUUUUUAACAUCUUGCAUGCAGAAAAUUAAAGAUGUUCCAAAACGAGUAUGUACUGCUGCAGAAGUUAAGAUUUACAUGAUCAGUUUAAUUGGUGGAGGCCAAAUGAGUUCAAGUUAUGUAAAGCCAAAUAAUAAUUGCAACUUAAGCUCAUGGAUUGAUGGAUCUUGUCCACUAGGUGCUUAUUGUCCAUUUGCUACCCUCAAUAAAACUACAGGCAGAUGUGAUCCAUAUACAUACCAAAUACCGCCAGGAAAACCUAAUCAUACAUGUGGUGGAGCUGAUGUAUGGUCAGAUGUCAUUAGUAGUGAUGAAAUAUUUUGCGCACCAGGAUCAUAUUGUCCAUCUACAGUUGAAGAACUUUCAUGUAAUGUCAGGCAUUAUUGUAGAAAAGGUUCAACUCAAGAAAAACCAUGCUUCAAAUUGGCUAGCUGUAACGAUAAAGUUGCUAAUCAAAAUAUACAUGCCUACGGCAUGUUACUCAUUGCUAUAUUAAGUACCAGUCUACUUCUUGUAUAUAAUUGUUCAGACCAAGUACUUACUACUCGAGAAAGAAGGUUAGCUAGAUCUAGAGAGCGUGCAAUAAGAAGUGCAAAAGAAACUGCACAAGCUCGUGAAAGGUGGAAAGUAGCAAAGGAAAAUGCUAGAAAUCGCGCUAUUGGGUUACAACAACAAUUAUCGCGCACAUUUUCUAAGAAAAAAUCUACAAGGCAAGACCCAUCAAAAGGGUUUCAACCAAAACCUACAAGUAAUGAUGUUACAAGUUCUUCGGAUUCAAAAUCAAAAAAUAAAGGACAUAGCAAACUUACAAAAAUGAUGCAACAAAUUGAGGAUGAUCCGGAUAGUAGUGAGGGCUUUAAUAUGGAGAUUGGGGAUAAAAAUAUUAAAAAACAAUUCAAAGCUAAAGAAUUACACACACGAAGCCAAAUUUUUAAGUAUGCAUAUGGGCAACUUGAAAAAGAGAAGGCCAUGCAACAAGAAAACAAGAACCUUACAUUUUCUGGAAUAAUUUCUAUGGCUACUGAUACCGAAAUCCGAAAAAGACCUUUAUUGGAGGUUGCUUUUAAAGAUUUAACCUUAACCUUAAAAGGAAAACACAAACAUUUAUUACGGUGCAUUACUGGAAAACUAAUGCCUGGUCGAGUUUCUGCAGUCAUGGGUCCUUCUGGUGCCGGGAAGACUACUUUUCUUUCAGCUGUCACAGGAAAAGCUACUGGAUGUAAUGUAAGGGGACAAAUUCUCAUCAAUGGGAAAAAUGAAUCAGUUCACUCUUACAAAAGGAUCAUUGGGUUUGUCCCACAAGAUGAUAUUGUGCACGGGAACCUAACUGUAGAAGAAAAUCUAAGAUUCAGUGCUCGUUGUAGGUUACCUGGUGAUCUUCCAAAGGCCGAUAAGGUUCUGGUUGUAGAAAGAGUAAUAGAAGCUUUAGGGUUACAGGCAAUACGUGAUUCUUUAGUGGGAACAGUUGAGAAAAGGGGGAUAUCUGGAGGACAAAGAAAAAGAGUAAACGUAGGGUUAGAAAUGGUUAUGGAACCUUCAUUAUUAAUUUUAGAUGAGCCUACUUCUGGUUUAGAUAGUUCUUCGUCUCUUUUACUUCUAAGAGCUCUUAGACGUGAAGCUCUUGAAGGAGUAAACAUAUGCAUGGUCAUCCACCAACCGAGCUAUGCAUUGUUUAAAAUGUUCGACGACUUCAUAUUACUUGCCAAAGGAGGUCUAACAGUGUACCAUGGCCCAAAAAAGAAAGUUGAAGAAUAUUUUGCAGGUCUAGGGAUCAUUGUACCUGAACGAGUUACUCCUCCAGAUCAUUAUAUUGAUAUUUUAGAGGGAAUAAUUAAGUCAGGAUCUAAUGUUACACGUGAACAACUUCCCGUGAGAUGGAUGCUUCAUAAUGGUUAUCCAGUACCUCAAGAUAUGUUGCAUCUUUGUGAUGAAAUUUCUAGCACUUCUUCCCCUGAUAGCUCUCUAAAACCUCAUGUUGAUAAACGACAUGAUAAAUCUUUUAUUGGAGAUCUUAUUCAAGAAAUUAAGUGUGCACUUGUAUUAAGACGAGAGCACCUUAAGCACAACUUCUUAAAAAAACAAGAUUUGUCAAAUCGCAUAACCCCAGGGAUAAUGCGACAAUAUAGAUAUUUUCUAGGAAGGGUUGGAAAGCAAAGACUUCGUGAAGCUAAAUUACAAGCUGUGGAUUAUUUAAUUCUUUUACUUGCUGGAGCUUGUUUAGGAACUCUUGCUAAAGUGAGCGAUGAAACAUUUGGUGCAAUUGGUUAUAACUACACUGUGAUUGCCGUAUCCCUAUUAUGUAAGAUUUCAGCUUUGAGAUCAUUCACGCUUGAUAGAUUACAAUAUUGGAGAGAAAGUUCGUCUGGAAUGAGUAGUUUGGCAUAUUUUCUCUCUAAAGAUACAAUUGAUCAAUUUAACACUCUUUUUAAGCCUUUGGUUUACCUCUCAGUGUUUUACUUUUCCAACAAUCCAAGAUCAAGCUUCUUAGCCAAUUACAUAGUCCUGGUUUGUCUUGUGUAUUGUGUGACUGGGGUAGCUUAUGGCUUAGCGAUACUUCUCCAGCCAGGUCCUGCACAACUGUGGUGUGUACUUCUUCCAGUAGUAUUAUCACUCAUUGCAAGCCAAGACAAAGAAAGCAAAAUUAUGUUUGAAGUAGGAAAAUUUACCUACUCAAAAUGGGCUUUAGAGGCUUUUGUUAUUGCAAAUGCUGAAAAGUAUGAUGGAGUGUGGCUAAUAACUCGCUGUGGAUCUUUGAUGCAAAGUGGCUAUAGUCUUAAUCAUUGGAAUCGUUGUUUAAUAUUUCUUAUUGUAAGCGGGGUUAUUAGCCGGAUAAUAGCUUUUAUCUUUAUGAUUGUAGUCCAAAAGAAAUGAAACCAAUAACAAUUUUAAUGUUAAUUAGUGCACAGCACUAAAAUAUGAGUACCUUUAGUUAUUCUUUUUUAA